AAAACAAAUGGGGAAGAAGACAAAUUUAGCAUACAAAGAAAGUAGAUGCUCAACUGAGCCAGGAGGAAGUCACUAGCAAAAAGGAAAAAAACAGAGCUCUGGAAAAAUAAUGUAAACAGUCACAAGAAAGGGACCCUGUGUCCUGCCUGACAUCUGGACAGGUAUAUAAAGAGCCCGGGCUCAGGGAGCUCCACACCUGCACCUCCCUCUCACCUGCUCCUCUACCUGAUCCACCCUCAAUCUACCAGAACCAUGGGCUGCUGUGGCUGCUCCGGAGGCUGUGGCUCCGGCUGUGGGGGCUGUGGCUCUGGCUGUGGGGGCUGUGGCUCCGGCUGUGGGGGCUGUGGCUCUGGCUGUGGGGGCUGUGGCUCUAGCUGCUGUGUGCCCGUCUGCUGCUGCAAGCCCGUGUGCUGCUGUGUGCCAGCCUGUUCCUGCUCCAGCUGUGGCUCCUGUGGGGGCUCCAAGGGGGGCUGUGGUUCCUGUGGGGGCUCCAAGGGAGGCUGUGGCUCCUGUGGGGGCUCCAAGGGGGGCUGUGGUUCUUGUGGGGGCUCCAAGGGGGGCUGUGGCUCCUGUGGGGGCUCCAAAGGGGGCUGUGGUUCCUGUGGGGGCUCCAAGGGGGGCUGUGGUUCUUGUGGCUGCUCCCAGUGCAAUUGCUGUAAGCCCUGCUGCUGCUCCUCAGGCUGUGGAUCCUGCUGCCAGUCCAGCUGCUGCAAUCCCUGCUGCUGCCAGUCCAGCUGCUGUGUCCCCGUGUGCUGCCAGUCUAGCUGCUGCAAGCCCUGCUGCUGUCAGUCCAGCUGCUGUUCCAGCUGCUGCAAACCCUGCUGCUCCCGGUCCAGCUGCUGCAAGUCCUGCUGUUCCCGGUCCAGCUGCUGCAAGCCCUGCUGCUCCCGGUCCAGCUGCUGCAGGUCCUGCUGCUCCCAGUCCAGCUGCUGCAGGUCCUGCUGCUCCCAGUCCAGCUGCUGUGUCCCUAUUUGCUGUCAGUACAAGAUCUGA